AUGAAUACCACACAGUCUACUGAAGAUAGCGGGCACUCCCCCCAGCCUCAAAAAGAGGUCAACCCCAAUGAGGGAGAACUCAUGGUGAAAUACAAAGAUAUGGGAUUCAACCCAAACACCAUCGUCACGGACGCCCCAACACAGCGCUUUCGACUUACCAACAUCGAUGUAAUGAGCUUAGUGAUCAAUCGAAUGAUAGGUACCGGUAUCUUCGACAGCCCCACGACGGUGAUGAAAGGUGUCCGCAGUCCGGGCAUCGCCAUUCUCUUCUGGCUCUGUGGAUGCAUCUAUGCUCUUACUGGAGCUCACGUUUACAUUGAGUACGGGCUCAAUGUACCGCGAUAUGUAAUCAACGGCGUCGAGCAGUCAGUUCCGCGAUCGGGAGGCGACCUCCAUUAUCUCCAAUACGUUUUCCCAUCGCCGCGAUACAAGGAAGGCAUAGUGAUGCUCAGCGGUGUCCUGUUUGGUAUAAGUUUCAUUUGCAUUGGAAAUAUGGCUGGUAAUUGUAUCCAAUGCGCGCUGCGUAUUGUGGAGGCUGCGAAUCCCGAUAAGGAUGCUCGUGAUCUCAACGAGAGCACCAUUCGCGGCAUCGCCAUCGUCAUUGCCAUAUUUCCAUGCUUGAUCCACGCCUUCUCUCGUCGAGGCGGUAUCUUGCUUAACAAUCUCCUUGCCUUUAUCAAGAUUUUUAUGUUGAUCUUCAUGAUCAUUGCCACUUGGGCAGUUGCCGGUGGGCCGUUCGGGUUGAGAGGGCUUUCGGCAUGGGACAAAAGUAAUGCACCUAAUCCUACAGACUCUUCAGGUGGGGGUAAGGCCUAUGCACAGGCCUUUCUAUCCGUCAUCUUUGCCUUUUCAGGCUUCGAUCAGCCAAAUUAUGUUCUGGGAGAGAUCAAGCACCCCCGAAAGACUUAUCCUCGAUCCAUGUGGUGGGGCGUCGGCCUGGUGUCGGUAUUGUACAUGGCCGUCAACAUCUGCUAUAUGAUAAUUGUCCCGCCAAAUGUGCAGAUGGACACAAACGUGGCACAGGAGUUCUUCUACCUCAUCUUCGAUCCUGACAACCAGUCAGACUCAAAGCGCUACGAAAUCAAGCGCGCUGUCAACGCAUUCCUAGCCAUCAAUGCAUUCGGCAAUAUUGUCGUCAUGACAUACACUGCUGCACGAAUGAAGCAAGAGAUUGCCAAGCAGGGUUUCCUGCCUUUCACAAGCUUUUUCGCCAUGAACAGAGACGUCAGUUUUGGCAGGUUCCUCAUGUGGCUUGAAGGAGGAGAGCGCAAACCGCAGGACCAGCCCGUGGAAACCGGGCGCCAGGGCGUAAUUGAGUUGCAGCGACAUAACUCACAGAGGGUUAUUGGCAACCGGAAAUUGCGUGUCCGCUUCUUCAAGUUCUUCAACCCUUCAAAUCACCGGGAGAAGACGCCUGUCGGUGCGCUUGUUCUGCACUUUACCAGUUGCAUCGUUCUCAUCCUGGCAACGUGGAACACCUCAGCAAGCAAUGCCUACUCCGUUCUUUCUGGCCUCAUUGCUUAUCUGACGUCGGCAUGGUAUGGCUUCUUCCUUGCCUUCGGCAUCCUCAUUCUGCAUUUCCGAGGUCCGCCUACAACACAGCCACCCCCGACGCUUCGGGAACAUAAAGUCCCGAAUCAGGAGCCGGUAAAACGAAGCUGGGCGCGGAUGACAAAAGGCUCCGUGAACCCGAAGCUAAGUAUCGCUUGUGGUUUCCUCUACCUCGUUGGGAACCUCUACCCCAUCAUCACGGGCUGGAUCCCGCCAUCAAAGAUUUUCGACUCCAACUACUCGGGGUCUGCUAGUGACACAUCUGGUGAUAAGAAGCCCAGAACACACGUUUGGUGGGCUGUGCCAGCCAUUUCGUGGUGUGUAUUGGCAUUCUCAACCCUUUGGUUUCUGGGCUUCAUUGGUGUGGCCAAGUAUAAGAGCCAGACUGGCAAAAGCGAAUUCGUCUACUCGUGUGAGCCCGACUUUGGUCCAGCUGUCGAUCCUGAAUAUCGCAGCGACAGUGAUCUACCCACUGCCGAGUCUGAUGCCAGAAGCCGUUAUGGAGGACUUGUUCUGCGCCAUGAAACCAUCUACACAGCGUGGGAAGGUGAUGAGGCAGAGCAACUGUUCAACCACAGGGUUGAGAUGACAGAUGCCGUUGCACCCCCAGCUCAGCCAGUGCUGGUGCAUGAGAGUGGAGUACCGCGCCAGGUUGAUCCCCCAGCCGAUCUGUAUGAGGACACGGAUUUUGCAGAUUUUUCGCGGAACGGGGGUCCAGUUCGGGAACCAGAGCUAGUGUCUGAUCCGCUAACUGUCCCAGUGCAGAAUCAUCAAACUGGAAUCGAACAGGGUUCAAGACAAACAUCUGGGAACAUCCCAGGCUAA